AUGCCGCGAGAGGCUGAGCCCUCGGUCAACGAAAAAGAGUUCAUCCUCAAGGCCCUGCAUGAAGGCGUCAGGUUAGACGGCCGUCCCUUUGACCAGUAUCGCAACAUCGACAUUUCCUUUGGCGAUGAGUACGGCGUCGUCGACGUGAGCCUCGGCAAGACGAGAGUCAUCGUCCGCAUCUCGGCCGAGGUCACGGUCCCCCACGCCGACCGCCCCUUUGACGGCAUCUUCCAGCUCGCCACCGAGCUCUCGCCCAUGGCGUCGCCGCACUUUGAGCCGGGCAAGCCCACCGACACGGAGAUGCUGCUGUCGCGGCUCCUCGAGAAGACGAUCCGCCGCUCCGGCGCCCUCGACAUGGAGUCGCUCUGCCUCGUCGCCGGCGCCAAGGUCUGGAGCGUUCGCGCCGACGUCCACGUCGUCUCGCACGACGGCAACAUUGUCGACGCCGCCUGCCUCGCCGCCGUCGCCGCCCUGCGCCACUUCCGCAAGCCCGACGCCCAGGUCGACGGCGAGGACCUCACCGUCUUCACCCCCGCCGAGCGCGCCCCCGUGCCCCUCGGCUGGCUGCACUCGCCCUUUUGCGUCACCUUUGCCCACUUUGGCGCCAGGGACGGCGGCCCCGACGGCGACGGCCGGGACGGCGUGACGCUGCUCGACCCCGACUGGCGCGAGGAGCAGCUGCGCGUCGCCUCGUGCACCAUCAGCCUCAACAAGCAUGGCGAGGUCUGUCAGGCGUCCAAGCUCGGCGGCGACGCCGUCGAGGCCACGACGCUGCUGCAGUGCGCGGCGCUCGCGGCCCGCAAGGUCGGGGAGCUGUCGGAUCUGGUCGACAGGACACUGGCCGCGGACGCCAAGAGGAGAGACAAGGGUGGCUUGAUGGCUGAGCUGUCGGCGGAGAAUGACCGUGUGGCGGGGUGA